AUGGUAACACUGAACAACGACUCAAUAACUAGUCCGUUUCAGUACCUUCUUCCGCAUCAUGGCGUUCUGAAGUUGGGCAGCACGACCACCGCAUUGCGUGUGGUUUUCAAUGGCUCCAGUUCAACUUCAUCAGGAUACUCGCAGAACGAUCAUGUACAUACUGGUCCAAAUCUGAUGCUGAAUAUCGCAGAUCUGUUCAGUUGGAUACGCAGAUACAAACAUCUGUUUGCAACUGAAGUCACGAAGAUGUACCGACAAAUCAAGGUGCAUCCAGAUGACUGGAGCUUGCAGCAGAUACUCUGGCUUGAUGACACACAGAAGGAAACGCAGUACCAGCUGACCACGGUCACUUACGGGACGAAAGCUGCACCGUAUCUGGCUGUGCGCACUCUCUUGCAACUCGCUGACGACGAGGGGUCGAAAUAUCCUCUUCCCGUGGAACCCAUCAAAAAUGGGAUACCAAAAAAAGAAGAUACACAAGGAAAUAAAUCAUGGAGAUUAGUUAUCGAUUUCAGAAAAUUAAGCGAAAAAACCAUUAGCGACGCAUAUCCAUUGCCAAAUAUAGUCGAUAUUUUAGAUCAAUUGGGAAGCGCAAAAUAUUUCUCAAUAUUCGACUUAAAGUCUAGCUUCCAUCAAAUACCCAUGCAUCCAGACGAUAAACACAAAACAGCAUUUUCGACACCAUUUGGACACUUCCAAUUUAAGAGAAUGCCAUUUGGUUUAAAGAAUGCUGCAGGUUCAUUCCAAAGGCUUAUGAACAACGUUCUGGAUGGACUACAAGGGGUUGAAGCAUUCGUCCGGAAAAAAUGCGAGCUACUAAAGAAGGAAGUAGCCUAUUUGGGACACAUUAUCACAGAAAAUGGAGUGAAGCCUGACCCGAAGAAAAUAGAAGCGGUCAAAGAGUUUCCAGUUCCAAAAACAGUUAAAAAUAUUAGGCAAUUCCUUGGUUUAUGCGGAUAUUACAGAAGAUUUAUCAAGAAUUUUUCAAAAAUAGCUAAACCUUUAUCCGAUUUAACAAAGAAAGAACAAAAAUUCGAAUGGACGCAACAGCAACAACAAGCCUUCAUCAUCCUCAGAGAUAAAUUAUGCGAGGAACCAAUUCUUCAGUAUCCAGAUUUCACAAAACCAUUCAACAUCACUACGGACGCAUCUGGAAUCGCCGUUGGAGCAGUACUAAGCCAAGGCGAAAUCGGAAAAGAUCAACCAGUAUCAUAUACUUCAAGAGUUUUAAACAAGGCAGAAACCCAAUACUCUGCUACAGAACGUGAAUUACUAGCAGUCAUAUAUGCCGUAACUCAUUUUAGGCCCUAUAUUUAUGGAAGAAAAUUUUAUCUAAUAACAGACCACAAACCAUUAACGUGGCUGCAUAAUCUAACAGAUCCCGCAUCAAGAUUAAUGCGUUGGAAACUAAAACUAAGCGAAUACGAUUACGAAAUUAAAUAUAAACCAGGAAAACAAAACAUAAACGCCGACGCAUUAUCCCGAAAUCCUAUUGUAACACUACCAAUUCAAGCAAAACGGAAACACUCUACUACAGAUUCAAAAGAAGUAAAAAAGAAGAAACAAUGGCACCAGUAUGCUACGAGACCUAGAGCAACUACUUCAACUACCGAAUCAAGAGAAAUUAAGAAGAAAAAACAAUGGCAUCAAUACCCAACACGUCCUAGACCAUCGACGACAUCCGAUUCUAGGGAGUACAAAAAGAAAAAGGAAACCCACCAAUACCCAACACGUCCUAGACCAUCGACGACAUCCGAUUCUAGGGAGUACAAAAAGAAAAAGGAAACCCACCAAUACCCUACACGUCCUAGACCAUCGACGACAUCCGAUUCUAGGGAACACAAGAAAAAAAAGGAAACGCAUCAACACCCUACAAGACCGAGACCAACAACAUCAUCAAGCUCCAGAGAAGUCAAAAAGAAAAAAGAAACGCAUCAAUAUCCAACAAGACGCCGAGACACAUCUUCAGAACAAAACAGACAGACAAAAAAGAAAAAACAAUCGUAUCAACAUGUCACACGACAAAGAGAUACUUCCUCCGAAUCCGAAAGAAGUAUUGUAAGAAAGAAAACAACACACCAAUAUUCUACUCGCCAGCGAGAUACUUCAUCUGAUUCUGAGAGAGAAAUAAAAAAGGGAAAAAUUACACAACACCACAAAAGACCACAUAAAACAAGCAGCAGUCAACAUCAAAAACGUCCAAAAGAAGAUACUACUUCCAGUGAAUCAGAAUAUUGCGAUACUGAUGAAUUCCAAGAUCAACAACACAGGAAGAGGAAAAAGGAAACAUCAAGCUCUGCAAACAAACAAUAUAAAAAGAGAAGACCGAACGAGAAAAAAAUCACAGUAGAAAUUCACCAAUUACCUAAAAAACAACUAAUUUCUGAACCUCCUAAACCACUUAAAAGGAGACAUGAACCAAUAAUAAUUGGUGAUGAAAUUGAAAAUUUUGAAGAGGGAAUAACUCUACCCAAACAUAUAUAUAGAGAGCCACCCAAAAUAGAUUCAUCUUCAGGAACAAAGAGAGCAUCUUCAGAAAUAAAAAAAGCAUCUUCAGGAACAAAAAGAGCAUCUUUAGGAACCAAAGAAGAAUUUUCAGAGCUGAAAAAGGAAGAAAAAACUGAUUUAGGAAGUACAUCUACAGCACCUAUAACUCCCAUUAAAAUUAUUAAAGAAGAAGACCAACUUACCACACAUAAAAUAACACCACCAAAAGUGAUCAGCAACCUACCAGUCACAUCAAAAAUAGUAGAGACAACUGACCACCUCUGGAUGAAGAAAGGGAUUAAUCAAACAUUUCCAUCACAUUAUGUAAAGGAACCAUUAUCACACCACCUAAAGAAGAAAGAAUACAGAUCAUUAAAGAAAACCAUGAAAGCCCAGUAG